GCAUAUUAAUGAGCGAGCUCGCUGCGAGGGCAGGAGCGGAUUUAAAAGAGGCCAGGGCGGGCGGAGGAGGCUGUGGAGAGAGCGGGAGCCGAGCGCGGAGUGCAGCGCACGGCGACAGAAAGCCCCCGACACCCACCGACGGUGCAGCCCGAGAAAGCCAAGCCCAGCCGGGAGACGGUACAGCCCGAGAGAGCCGAGCCAGGAGGUGUCUCGGGCCGCCACACGGACGGGCCGGCGUCCUCCCCGCGUCCCUGCUCCCGCGCCGCGCCCCUCCGGCCAGCAUGAGGCUCCUGGCGGCCGCGCUGCUCCUGCUGCUCCUGGCGCUGUGCGCCUCGCGCGUAGACGGCUCCAAAUGCAAGUGCUCUCGGAAGGGGCCCAAGAUCCGCUACAGCGACGUGAAGAAGCUGGAAAUGAAGCCAAAAUACCCGCACUGCGAGGAGAAGAUGGUUAUCAUCACCACCAAGAGUGUGUCCAGGUACCGAGGUCAGGAGCACUGCCUACACCCCAAGCUGCAGAGCACCAAGCGGUUCAUCAAGUGGUACAAUGCCUGGAACGAGAAGCGCAGGGUCUACGAAGAAUAGGGUGAAAAAUCUCUGAUAGGAAACCUCCAGACCAGUUGGGAGACUUGAGCAAAGGACACUGCAGAUUUAAAAAAGAAAAAAAAAACCUUCCUUUCUCACAGGCAUAAGACACAAAUUAUAUAUUGUUAUGAAGCACUUUUUAUCAAGGGUCAGUUUUUACAUUUUAUAGCUGUGUGCGAAAGGCUUCCAGAUGUGAGACCAUCCCUCUUGUGCUCCAGACUUUAUCACAGGCUGCUUUGUACCAAAAGGGGAGGAAACUCUUGCCUUUCCUUUUUAAAAAAAAAAAAAAAAUGCUUUUUUGUAUUUGUCCAUACGUCACUAUCCAUCUGAGCUUUAUAAGCGCCUGGGAGGAACAGCGAGCUUGGUGGAGGCAUUUCAUUGCAGGACUGCUCUGUUCCUAGCUCGGAAAGCUUCCGCUCACAGGUCCUGGCGCCUCGGCACAGCUGCCACAGGCUCUCCUGGGCUUGUGGGACAGUCACAGCCUCAGUGUGACUCCGCAGUGGCCCCUGCAGCCGGGCAAGCAGGAGCCAGUCUCUUUGCAUCUGUUAUUUGAGGAACUCAAGUUUGGUUGCCAGAAAAAUGUGCUUCAUUCCCCCCUGGUUAAUUUUUACACACUCUAGGAAACAUUUCCAAGAUCCUGUGAUGGCGAGGCAAAUGAUCCUUAAAGAAGGUGUGGGGUCUUUUCUCCAAUCUGAGGGUUUCUGAAAGGUUCACUGCUUCAAUAUUGAAUGUUUCGGAAGCAUGUGAGGUUCCCAACACGGAGCAAAAACCUUAGGAGAAAACUUAAAAAUAUAUGAAUACAUGCGCAGUCCAUAGCAACAGCCGCGCCUUCUGUUGACAAGGGAAACCUUCAAAGCAUGUUUCUUUCCCUCACCGCAAUGGGACAUGCAGUAUCAAGCAAUAUACUUGUGACUCCCCCCUAAGUCUUCCAUGUUAAAACUGUGCAGUCCCCUCCUGAAAGCUCAGAUGGCCGCGCGCCCUUUCCUGUGUACACACACUCCCGAGAACGCCCUCCACACGCUGCCCUUCCGCGUUCGCUGCGUGUGCCGCUGUGUCACAUGCUAUGUACAUGUCAGAAACCAUUAGCAUUGCAUGCAGGUUUCAUAUUCUUUCUAAGACAAAGAGAAAAGUAAUAAAAUAUAUUUGAAAUGUACCAAAA